UUCGUGGAACAAGAAGAUCAAAGACCAACCUGGAGAAUUGUUUUGGAUGCCCUCAGAGAUCCACUCAUCAAUAACCCUCGCUUAGCCGAAAGGAUCGAAAAACGUCUCAGUGGAGUAUCUCCUAUACAGCAGGGUUUAAGGAAUGCUUCAGAUGCUGUGUUGCAGCCAUAUAAUGCAGAAGAAGUACAUCGCCGACUAUGUGAUAUGAAGUCAAAAUUU